CAGAGCAGAAUUCCUAGGGUUAGGUAUGGGGGUGUGCAAAGUCCCAAGGGAAAAACCCAGAGAAAAGUCAAAUUUCAAAGCCUGGAGAAAUACUUGUUUUUGGAGGGCCUACCUAUGGCUGUCUGUUUAUAUGUACGGUACAUAACACUAUCGGUUUUGGUUUUACUGGGAAAGGGGUUCAAAAAUAACUUAAGGGGUGGGGAGAAAAGGGGCAGACCCAGAAUUGCUGCUGGAUGAGGCCUGUGUGCCCCCUGCUGGGGACAUGGAGACACAUUUCAGAAGGAUGGGGACGCUGAGCUCCUGGCUAGAGUUCUAGCACAAUAGGGACUGGCCCUCUUGUGUAGGAAGGACAGCAGUUGGUGCCAGAGACAGAAGCUAAUUCAUAGACUCUUAAGGGACGGAAGUAGAUCUUUGGGAAGCACACUGAGCAAAGGCCCAGGUAUUUACCCCUGUCUUGGCUACCUUGACACAUUCUCCCACAUUCAGGAACCAGACCUCGUGGGUGAGAACACACUGUACCUCCUGCCAAGUUAAUAACUUCCUCACCCAGCCUGGAUCCUGCCUCAGGCAGGAAUAUAGCUCUGAACCUACGGCGGCUCCUGCUACGACUGUCAAAAUCAGCCUGCAGCUCAGGAUCAAGGAGCAUGGUCAUGGGAAAGUGGGAUUUCAGGGCAGCCCUCAGGGACUGCCACUCUCCUCAGAAUUCCAUAAUGAAAGCCCAUGUGGUUGUAGGCAUGCUCGUCAUGGUGGGCUUCACAGUGGGAAAGGCUCCUGUUCCUGAAGUCCGGACCUGCCACCUCUGUCUCUUAGAAGACCCUUCUGUAGGUUGCAUUUCAGGCUCGGAGAAGUGCACCAUCAGUAGCACAUCCCCAUGUAUGGUGAUCUCGAUCUAUUAUGAAACCAAGAUUCGCUUUUUCAUCCGAGGCUGUGGACAGUACAGUUCUUACCAAUGCCAAGAAAAACGCAACACCUACUUGUCAGAGUACUGGUACCACGCCCAGUGCUGUCAGUAUGAUUACUGCAACUCCUGGUCCAGCCCUCAGCUCCAGAGCCCACAGCCUAAGCCCCUCAAUAAGGCCCUGGGCCUGCCUCUGCUCAAGUCCCAGGUCCAGCGGUUCUACCAGGCCCUGAACCUCUCACUGCCCCUCCCCAGCUUCCAUGCUGGGAAGGAACCUGAAGGCCUGGCUGAAGGCCUGAACCCCCUGGCUUCCCUGCCCUUGAACCUGGGCUUGUCCAUUGCUAACUUGCGCAACAUAUACUUAUUCCUCAACAAUUCAGGACUUCUGGUUCUUCCCCGGGCUGGACCCUGAGCCCUUACCCUUCCCAGAUUGCAGUCUGUUCCAGCAUCUCUCCCAGUACUAGCACUCCACUCUGCCCUCUCAGAACACCCACAUUCUUUGGUCUGUACUUACUCAGAUCUUCUCUUCCUUUGUAUUGGGUUGGCCAAAAAGCUGGUUUAGUCUUCUUCUGUACAAUGGCCCUAGUAGUGUUUAGUUGUCUUUAACUUCAUUCAAAACAAUUUUGUUAGAUUAUGUUGUGACAGCUAUCAU